AUGUUUAACUUCUGUGCAACCAGGGUUAAUAAAGAUGAGAAAGAAAAGUCUUUGGGCAGUGGUAUACUUGUGAGUGGUUAUCAAUCAGCUCUCUGUGAAAAGAGAGGAAUGCUAAUUAUAAAGGCAUGGAAUGCAACUUGUAAAAACUGGCUGACUACAGCAACUGCCCUGGAAAAGUACUACCUUUCCAUUUUUUAUGGAGCUGAGUUCAUUGUGGGAAUCCUUGGAAAUACUGCUGUAGUAUUUGGCUAUCUCUUCUGUCUGAAGAACUGGAAUAGCAGCAAUAUCUAUCUCUUUAACCUUUCUAUCUCUGACUUGUCUUUUUUGUGUACCCUUCCAAUGCUGAUGAGAAGCUAUGCCAAUGAAGACUGGAUAUAUGGACAGGCGCUCUGCAUAAGUAACCGAUAUGUGCUUCAUGCCAACCUCUAUACCAGCAUUCUUUUCCUCACCUUUAUCAGUAUUGAUCGAUAUAUGCUCAUGGAGCAUCCUUUCCGACAACAUUUUCUGCAAAAGAAGGAGUUUGCCAUUUUAAUCUCCUUAGCCAUUUGGAUUUUGGUAACCCUAGAGCUACUGCCUAUACUUACCUUUAUAAAUCCUAAUAAAGGUGACAAUAGCACCGAGUGUAAAGAUUAUGCAAGUUCUGGGGAGCCCAAAUACAACCUCACUUACAGCUUGUGUCUAACACUGACAGGGUUUCUUGUUCCUCUGUCUGUGAUGUGCCUCUUUUAUUUCAAGAUCACUGUCUUCCUAAAGCAGAGGAACAGGCAACUUGCUUCUACACAGCCUUUUGAAAAGUCUCUGAAGUUAGUCAACAUGUCAGUGAUCAUCUUCUCAGUGCUUUUCACUCCCUACCACAUCAUGCGGAAUGUGAGGAUUGCGUCACGUCUGGAAAGCUGUAACUGGUCCCAAUGCACUAAGGACAGUGUCAAUGUCUUAUACAUCAUGACUCGACCUUUUGCCUUCUUGAACAGUGUCAUCAAUCCGGUCUUCUAUUUCCUUAUUGGAGAUCACUUCAGGGAGAUGUUAGUAAAUAAACUGAGACAACAAUUCAAAUUCAUUACAACCUUUAGAAAAUGA